AUGUUUGGAUUUGGACACAACAACAACUACGAGCAAGACCACCAACAGGUCUAUGGUGAACAACAUGAGGGAAAGUUUUCUCAUGAAUUGGUCGCAGGUGCUGCGUCCUUCGAAGCCGCAAAAGUUUUUGAGGACAGACAAAGAAGAGAAGGAAAACCAGUAUCUCAUAAGUUUGCCAAAGAAAUGAUCGCGGGUAUUGCCGGUGCUGAGGUCGACAAGUUGUUUGAGACCAAAGGUUUGGACUACUUAGACAGAGACGAAGCCAAACGUAAUGCUCAAAGCUACGCAGAGCUGAACUACGACAACCAUUAUGGUAACCAAAAUGAGUGGCACCCAGACAGUCGUCCACCAUUUGACUACCAAUCUGACAGAUACAAUUACAAUUGA